GCUGUUCUUCCAGAUCUCUAUACUUAUAAUGAGAUUUUAAAGCUGUGUGCUCUUAUUCCUAAUGGCUCUGACAAGGCUCUUGAAGUGUUUAGAGAUAUGUGCAGUAAAGGAAUUGAGCCAUCAUUAGCUACAUUUAGUCGUGUUCUCAGAGCUGAAYACUACAGAGACAGGAGUAUGGCAGUGUAUGAAAAUGAAGAUGAGGGAGAUUUAAAACUUAAACARAAUACCAACAACAGUGUCCUUCAAGCCAUUAUCAGCCAUUUGGAAACAUAUGACAAGCUACCAGGAUUGAAGCAUUCRUCUGAUAUCAAAUUUUUCAAUACUGCCAUGGGAUCAGCACUUUUUUGCCAAGAUGCCAAUGCAGCUCACCGACUCUAUGCRUUGGCAGAGACCAAUGACAAAACUCUGUUAGGACAAAAAAGAGGAUUAUUCUAUGCAACAUUUUUAGUAACAUUAGCCCAGUCAGAGAAAAGUGCUGAGAUUGUCUAUCACAUGUACAAGGAGCUUGUUCCUGCAAAACUCAUCCCACAAAGCUGGGUCUACAGUGAACUAUUUAGAAUGGUAGAAAGAGAAAAGAUGCCCAGACUUGUUCCAAAACUUUAUCAAGACAUGAAGCGUUAUAGAGUACCAAUCAAUGAACAAACUUGCAGAGGAAUAUUUUCAGCYUUAGCWAGAAGAACAUCUCCCAAGAAUCACAAGCAGUAUAUAGAAAUUAUGACCGAUGUGUUUUUCUGGAUGAAAAAAUUUAAUAUACCAAUAUCUCCUUAUAUGAUUGGUCAGUUAGUACGGCAGUACUGUGCUGGAGGCCACCUGAAACAGGCUUGGUAG